AUGUUUCUCCAGUAUUACCUCAAUGAACAGGGGGAACGGGUCUAUACCCUGAAGAAGUUUGAUCCUCUGGGACAACAGACCUGCUCGGCCCAUCCUGCUCGGUUCUCCCCAGACGACAAAUACUCCCGACACCGAGUCACCAUCAAGAAACGUUUCAAGGUGCUGAUGACCCAGCAGCCGCGCCCUGUACUGUGA